UGCCAUCCACUCUGCUGUCUCAACGAGCUGAGGGGCUCCGGUGAUGGUGGUGAUGAUGAUCUUUGUCCACAGUGUCGAUCACCCAGCAGCUGUGAUGAGUUCAAAGACCACCACCGUCUGGCUCACAUCAUUAGCAUCUGCAGGGAGUGUGGACAGACAGCAGAGGGCGAGUUCUUUUCACAUGUUUCACAGGCUGAACCACAGAGAAGGAACAGAUCCCGUGAGAACUGUCUGCUGAUGAUCUGUGUGCUAUUUUCCCUCCCGGCAUUCACGUUCCUCAUAGGAUCAGUUGGAAAGGAAGACAAUGAUGUACAACACUAUGAUGCUGAUGUCGUUCUCCCGUCCAAGGUUCUGUGGUUGUUGGGAUCUCUGCUGCUCUGGACGGUUUGGUUGCUCCUGCACCUCCUCCAGAUGUUCUUCUGGUUGAUCAAUGGCCUGCUGUGGCUCAUCUCCAUUUCUGCGGCCCCGCUGUGUCACUGUUUGUCGUUCCUUCUGUCCUGUGUUCUGCUGCUGCUCCAUUACAUGUGUGACGCUGUGUUUUUUGCAACCACCAGUCCUGUGUACGCUUAUGGCAUGCUUCUCAGUGUUGGCAUUUUACUGCUCGUUUUCCCUUGCAAAGAUGUGAAAUAAGUUUGUAUUUUAUAUUUAUAUAGAUAAAUAUAAAUUAUGUUAUAUGGAGAAUAAAUAGGUCAUUUCACAUGUAAAAUCUCUGAUAUCAUUAAUAAGCUUUAAAGCAAGGCUGUGCACAUUUUGAAAGAAGAAAUAACACAUUCUUCCUCUUACAGAUGAAAGUUGAAUUUAUAAGCAAAAAAACUCACCCUUGCUCAGUUCAGUGCACUCAGAUGUUUUACAGCUACAGCCUUACACCAACCUGGUAUGACCAAUAGCUUAUGGUGGCUAAUGUUAGCAAACAUUAGAUGGAUAUUGCUCAGUUUGCCAACUUUAUGACUCUUCUCUACUGUUACACACAAGUUCUAGCAUUUCACAUAACUGUUGUCACUUGUGAUCACUGUGGCCUCUAUUCAGCAAAAGUUACAUUGUCUCCCUUUAAAAUAGAGAAAUAUUAACUAGUGAACUAAUCAGGUGUUUACAAUACAGCAUCUUUUUAUAAAUACUGUAUCUGCGAAGGUUUAGAGUGAAACUUUACAAUAAUCAUGACUGUUAAAUUAUUCAUGAAGGCUUCAUAUUUAUAGGCUUUAUAUACUGCAUUAAGACUUUAUAUACUUGUAUAUAUUCUCAAUAUUUCUAUUUAUGUUAUUAAACAAUUCAUUUCUUUCAUUCCUUCUUACAAAUUGACACUUUUUACAGCACAACUUCUUAGCUAAAAUAUUGUAGGUGUGGUUUUGAUGAUGCAUGUUGUAAUUUAAUGUGAUGGUAAGUUUGUUUAUGAUAUCACAUAUAAAUAACAGAUCUAUUAUAAAACUAACAUUUCUUUGAUGUUAUAAUGAAUUUCAUCUACAUUUAUCCAGCUGCUGAACUCACAACCCCUACCUGGACCAGUGUGGAUUAAGUCCAUGUGUGUGUGUACUGGGUGUGUAUACAUUUUUUCAAUUUAAUGAUAUAAACUGCAUGAAUUCAAAAGUCUAAACUGUGAUUGAAUGUUGACUUAAAAAGGUUAACUGUUUUAGUGCAUUUUGCUAUCGCUCUCACACCACGUGUUAAAUGUAAAUAAUUAAUCUGGCAGAGUGUGUUUUGGCUGAGGAUCUGUGUGUGUGUGUGUGUGUGUGUGUGUGUGUGUGUGUGUGUGUGUGUGUGUGUGUGUGUGUGUGUGUGUGUGUGUGCAGACACAUGCUUGCAUGCUUCAUUGCUUCUUAGUGAAUGGUGUAAAGCUGUCUUGAUGCUCAGGUUCAAAGUACAAAAGUGGAUUUUUAUCUGGGAUAUUUCAUACAAACUACUUCCUUCUUUAUAAAUCACUGCAGCGUUUCCUCAUUCUCAGAAUCAAAUUAGCACUUAGAAGUAAGGAAAAGUGGGGGAGUAGCUUAUCAGUGUAGGUUUAUACACCAAUAAUCAUAUCAGAUAUACUAACGACUCAAGAAUUUCAUAUCACUGCUUUGAGAGCUAUACGAGGAAAUAACAAGGAACUUUCUCAGGACCCAACUGAAGUGAACUGUUUAUUCAACGUUAAUGACUUUACUGCUAAACUGAGUCAAAGCUGAACCAAACCAGGCCAGAAGAAGCACACAGAUUUGCUGGAUGAUGUCUGCACACUCCAGAGUCGUUCACAAGAGGAGGGCAACUAUCACAGAUCUGCCUCUCUACUACUCUGGACACCUGCUGAAGAAAAAGACCAAAGAGAAGGUGCGGACAAAGAUGGGAAAGACUCUGAAUGAUUUCAAGAAGUACUACGGAGAGCUCCGAGGAGCAACGCUCUUUCUGUACGAAAAUGACACGCAGGAUACAUACACAGAGAAGCUGGACCUGGAGCAGCUGAAGUCCAUGGAGCUAGAUUCUCCAUAUCAGAGGAAAGCACCAACUAUCUUCACUCUCACCCUGCAAACAGAGGAGGUGCAGCUAAAGAUGGACAAUCCUGACUCAGGAGAGGAGUGGAGGGGUUACAUUCUGACUGUGAUCAAAAAAAAGAUCCCCAGUAAGCUGCAGUUGCUGCCUGGACAGAUGUUGCUGCUGCAGGAGGUCCUACUUCAGGAGAAGAGAAGAAAUCCCCCCACGCCACUGCCACCCCUCCCACCCCGACCAUCCUUCCUACUCUCGGCCUCCUCCUCCCCCUCCCCUCCACCGCCUAAUGAUGACCCUGACCACAGCGACCCUGAGAUUCCUGCGUGUUUCUUCAAUGUGACUCGGCAGGAGGCUGAGCGAAUGUUGGAGGCAAACCCAGAGUGUGGAGGCAUCAUCCUCCGACCGUCCACCCUAGCCAACAACUACGCCCUGACCCUCAGACAACUGACGCCCAGUGGGCCUGUCAUGAAGAACUACAGAGUGACCUCCACAAACUCAGGGUUUGUCAUUGAACUGAAGACAGCAGUGACGGUCACCUCCUUGAACGAUGUACUUAAAUACUUCCUUGAAAAGACAGAGUACCGUCUCCAUCCCUACAUGGCAUCUCAGCCCUACGACACUCACAUCGAUGUGUCGCCGGCUCCAAAGUGCAUCAGCAUCACCUCCACCUUCACCUCACCUGCAUCUAAAACAGUACCCAAGGCAAAAGUGGCACCUAUGCUGCGCUCACAGACCAAAGAGGAGCCUCUGCCCCCUCCAACCAAGCCAGUGGAGGGUGAAUACGUGGUUCCUGAUGAUCACAGUCCUGAUGAUCACAAACUAAAGCUAGUUCAGUUGGAUGGAGAGCUUCGGGAAGUUUUAAAAUUAAGGAAGGAAGUCAUCUACACUGCAACUGAUGAGGAGGAAGUUGCCACCUAUGAGAAUCCCACCGCUGAAAAAUCCUGCUCAAGUACAGCACAAUGGACUAAGAAUGCAGCAAUGUGAGGCAUAUGUACUGUUUGGCUGUAAAAAAUUGGUAAAAAAUUCUCACAAGUCUGCUAAUUUAAUGUUUAACUUUUAACAUCAGUUAAGAGAUUAUGGUGCACCAUAAGUGUUGUGAAAAUCUUUCCAAAAAAUGCACAGGAUAAGGUUAAUAAUGUGUGGCGGUUAAAUUAAAAGGAAAGAGGUUCUCAAUUUCUUAAAGCAGGGGUCUCUAACUCAAAUUAACUGGGGGCCACUGACCAGGUUGUUCUCUCUUCAGAGGGGCCGCGUUAACACACUCUUCACAGAUGUGACAGGUAGCACUCAUAUUAAACUCCACAAAAAAAUAAUCCACCUCUCUUGAAACUGUCUGUGUUUAUGUUGACAAGUUGCAUAGUUAGGUACAGCUUGCUACAUGUUAAAUGUGAAAUAACAAGACCAAAAGUCUAAAGCCAUGAUAGCAGCACUGUGAGUGUGUGUGCACAGCAGUGCUUUGAGCUAAAUGCUAAUGUCAGCAUGCUAACACACUAAUGCUAACAUGUGGGUGUUUACCAUGUUCACCAUCUUAGUUUAGCGUGUUAUGCUAACAUUUGCUAAUUAGCACUAAACACAAAGCACAGCAACGGCUGAUGGGAAUGUCAUUAGUUUUGUACGUAUUUUGUCACAAAGUAUUGGAAAGUAUUGGACAAUCUAAAAUUUUGACCUCAAUUCAUCCUUUGGGGACCAUGAAUGUCUGCACCAAAUGUCUUGCCAAUCCAUCCUAUAGUUGUGGAGGUAUUGCAAGAAAAAACAAGCAUUUCCCAAUAUAAGCAAAAAAGAUAACCCAACCCAAAGAUGAUUAAUUUCUUAUAUACGACAAGGAAAAACUGCUAUUCCUCACAUUUGAGCAAAUGUUUGGCAUUUUUGCUUGAAAAACGACUCAAAACGAUUGAUCGAUUACCAAGUAGCUGCAGACAGUGGUGGAAAGUAACAAAGUAGACUACAUUUACUCAAGUACUGUACUUAAGUACAGUUUUGAGGUACUGCACUAAAUUUAUGUGACAGCUUUAAUUACUUUGCAGAUUCAGAUAAAUAAUACAAAAUAUUAUCAACAGUAUGAUGUAUUAUUAUAGGUUUAUAAGACUUCAUUGAUCCCCAGGGGAAAUUAGUAGUUAGCUCCACCUUGUGUGAAGAACACAUUAAUGCAUCAAUAAUUGAUACAUAUAUAUAUAUUUAUUAUAUAUAUAUAUAUAUAUAUAUAUAUAUAUAUAUAUAUAUAAUAUAAACAUUAUUCUGAAAGGGGCCAUUCUGUAUCAUGAGUACUUUUACUUUUGACACUUAAAAUAUAGCUUGAUGCUAAUACUUUUGUACUUUUACUUCAGUAAAAGUUUGAAUGCAUGCAUUUUACUUGCAACCAAGUAUAUUUACACUGUAGUAUUUUUACUUUUAAGUAAAAGAUCUGAGUACUUUUACGACAAAUCAUUGCAGCGCUAGUUUCAACUACAAGUGAUAUCGAUGUUUUUUGUCUCACUUUGGAAGGUUAUAAUGCUUUCUGUUUUUGCUCAAUGACUGGUUUAAAAGUGUAAAAAUGAACAUUACGUCAAAAUUGCCUGAGCCAAUUAUUGUACAGAUCAGAAUUAUUGUCUAUUUUUGAUAUGAAAGAAUGAUCAAACUGUAAAAUACAAAACUACAUAGAUACACGUGAAUCUUAUGUUUGUCCCUUUGUUCAAAAAAAAAAACAAAAAACAAUCCAGGAUGAUCAUUAUUCUUUAUUUUUCACACAUAGGAGUAAGCCAACAUAAAUGUGUACAAUGUUAUAAUUAUUUUUAUAAGUUAUUCCAUUAAGAUUUUUCAUCAUUAUCACGGAUCAUGUUAUAGGUUUAAAGUUUAAGGAUCAUUCAUCACUCAAAGACAGCAAGACUGUGAAAAAUAUUCAAUAAAAAAAGAAAAACAAA